AUGAGGACAUUAUUCAGGACGAGAGGUCAAGCACAGAUUAUUCAGGACGAGAGGUCUCUCACUGCUCAUGAAAAUGAGGACAUUAUUCAGGACGAGAGGUCUCUCACUGCUCAUGAAAAUGAGGACAUUAUUCAGGACGAGAGGUCUCUCACUGCUCAUGAAAAUGAGGACAUUAUUCAGGACCUAACAAAAAGGAAGACGCAUCCAAACUCCUAUGUGGAAUUAUCAAUUGACAAGAAGACCCAGAAAAGCAAGGUGGUGCAUGCAUCCAAAGACCCAGUAUGGGAGGAGGGGUUCACAUUCUUUGUGCACAAUGUGGACAACCAAGUGCUCAACGUCCAGGUGAAGGAACCUGAGAGUAAGUCCGUACUGGGCUCAGUCUCCCUGCCUCUGACUCGUCUGAUGAACACGUCGGACCUGGUCCUGGACCAGCGCUUCCAGCUGGAACGUUCUGGAACCAACAGCUUCCUCAAGAUGAAGGCCACACUCAGGAUCCUAAAAUUAGAGAAAGCAGAACCAAAGCCUGAGGUGGUGGUCCCGCAGCCCCUGCAACCAGCACCCCAGAAUCGGCAACGCCAGCCGCAGGCUGCCCAGUCAGGACCCGUGCCCCCGUCACCGGCCCCAGCGGCCAGCGCCUCCAACGGCCUCUACCCCGACUACAACUCCCACCGGCGGGGCUCCGCCUGGCCCUACGAGGGGUCUCAGACGGCCCCAUCCACCCCAUCAAUGCGCCGCUUCGACUCGCACAGCCUGCUGUCUGACAACUCCAUCGCCUCCUCCCGCAUGGACCUUGUGGAGGCACUCCCUUACCCAGACGCCAUACUGAAUCACACUGGAAGCUUUGGGGAGAUUCAGCUGACUAUAAAAUAUGCUAAACUGAGACAGAAACUCGUUGUCCUAGUGAACUCCUGCAGGGACCUGGUCCCCUGCUCGGAGAAUGGCUCUGACUCUUAUGUGCGAAUCUAUCUGCUGCCAGACCAGACGUGGAGGCACCGCAUGAGAACUCCGGUCAAGAAGAGGACCGUGAACCCAGUCUUCGAGGAGAAGUUUGAGUUCUCUGUAUCGCUGGAGGAGGCCAAGACCAGGAAGUUGGACGUGGCUGUGAAAAACAGCAGAAUGUUCCACGCCCGAGAGCGUAAGGAAAUUGGAAUGGUGCUCAUUGAUUUAUCCGGCCUUGACAUGACCAUGGGCUCCACAGAAUGGUAUGAGCUUACCCUGCCAGGGCUGAAGAAAACCUAGUUAGUUGGAGGAACCAUUUCUCUACAUGGUUGUCCUCAAAACGGAGCAGCUGCCUUGAGGUCAAAUAGAGUAUAAGAAAUGAUAGAGACAUUCACAAGACUGGUUAUUUUAUGGACAUGAUGAAGUUUGUGUGAGUGUUUAAUGUGUUGUCACUUUUCUAAUGACAGAUGAAGUGUCUCUAAGCACUCUUUUGGAUUAAUUUGGCAAGAGUUGCACUCUGUAAAGGUCAAACUGUGGUUCUUGUGUUCAGUAGAUGAGGUCACAUCUACUCAUCAUCUGAUGAGGUCAGUACAUGAUCUGUACCAUACAGUAUGUGUGUGCACUGGACUGUGAGCCAAAGUAAAUGCAAAGGUCAAUUUUUUUAUAUCUAAAAAUGAUACAUUCUGGUACAUCCAAGGGACAAAUCAGUCCACUACUUAGUGGGAAAGCUUCGAUCUUGUGCAAAAGAUCUUGUGCAAAAGAUCUUGUGCAAAAGAUCUUUGCACUAAACUUCUUUAAGUCAUAGCACACGGGUAUUUUGCCAUUUGCCAAAUUUGUCUGCCAUUUUGUGUGUCACUGUAAGCCUGUAGGUUACUUCUCAGGAGGUGGUUGAGGAGUUUCCAAACUAUGUUAUGUAAGUUUGGCAUCACAUAUUUAACAACAGUAAAUAUUUCUUGUAAAAUGAGAUAUAAAAUCUUUGAAUAAAAACAUCUAUAUUGUU